AUGAGCCGCGGAUAUUCAGAAAAUAAUAAUUUUCCAUAUGACAAUAACCAGAUGGUUUUGGAUAUGAUUUUAUAUUCCCUGGUGGGAGUCCCUCAACCUAUUAAUUGGGACAGUGUGGCAAGGCUAGUUCCAGGAUACACAUCCAAAGAGUGUGCCAAAAGAUUUGAAGAACUAAAGAGCAGUGGGACAUCACCUGUUGACAAUCAGUAUAAUCCGUUGCUGGCAACAGGAGGAAUUCCUCUGGAAAGCCUGGCUACCUACAUUAAAUCAUCCCUGCUUGAUUCAACGGAGGAUCAAGAAGAUGAAACUGCAGGUCAAGGCAACAUCUCUGUGACUGGAAGAUCUGGUGCUGCAUCAGGAAGAAAAUGUUCUGCAGAGAAUGAAACAUCUUCCCCAUCUGUAGAUACAGAAAAUACUGAUGGAAACCAAGGGCCCAAUAUGGUCAUUCAUGUAUGUGAUGAAGCCAAACACCUAAAGGAAGAUUUCACAUGUCCAAGGGAUCUGCUGAUAUCCGAAAUGAAGUAUUUUGCAGAGUAUUUAACCACAGACUCCCAGCGCUGGGAAGAAGUUGACAUUUCUGUCCACUGUGAUGUGCACAUCUUUGAUUGGUUGAUUAAAUAUGUCAAGCGUAAUGCAGAAGACAGGGACCAACAAGAGCCACCAGACCUUGAACCUGGGAAUGUUAUUUCAAUACUGAUCUCUUCUGAGUUUUUAAAGAUGGAUUCAUUGGUAGAGGAAUGCAUACAUUACUGUCACAAGAACAUGAGUGCCAUUGUAGCCUCCCCGUGCAAUAUGAACUGUAUUAAUGCCAACCUAUUAACCAGGAUCGCUGAUCUCUUCACUCAUAAUGAGGCAGAUGAUAUAAAAGACAGAAAAGACAAAUUUAAGAGCAAAAUAUUCUGCAAAAAAAUAGAACGACUUUUUGAUUCAGAGUUUAAGAAUCCAGAUUCUCUAUCAAAUGCUUCAACUUUAUACAGGUGCUGUUUAUGUAAGAAGCUGCUGACAAAAGAAGUCAAGCAGAAAAUUGCCUGUCUACCUGGAAAAAUCAACAUCGACCAGUAUGGAAAUAUUGUUUAUUUUCACGUAAGAGAUAAAACCUGGGACAUUCAUGAAUACUUGACAAGUUCAUUUGAGGAACUUAAAUCCUGGCGGGAUGUUUACUGGCGUUUGUGGGGAACUGUAAACUGGCUGACUUGUUCCAGGUGUAAGCAGACUUUCCUUUGUAAUGAGCUGUCACAUUGCCAAUACCACCCCGAGCCUGCUGUUUACCCCAGCGCUGCAAGCUCCUUGGAUUCUCCAGGCACUGGAUUCUAUCCCUGCUGUAACCAGAAGGUCCUCAGGUUCGAUCCCACCCAGCUUCCAAAGGGCUGUAAAGUAAGGGACCAUAUUAUUGGUUUGCCAGAAGGGGACAAUGCACCAAAGAGUUCUUCUACAGACAUACUAACAGAUCUGCUGCAGAGAAGGGAUAUUAUAGUUGUGCCUUUUUCUAAAGACUUGAAUGGGGACUCUGGAAUUACACUUAGUCAAGACAAGAGUCUUGAAUGUGAUGUCCAGUUGGAACCGAACUCUGUAGGUGGACAGAAGGCUGCAGAAAUCAAUGCUUUUCUUUCACUAAAAAACUUCAGCCUGCAGUUGAAGCAACAAUCAUUACUAUCAGAAGAGGAAGAUUAUACAACUGGAUCUGAGGUGACUGAAGAUGAGGUUGGAGAUGAGGAAGAAGUAUCAAAGAAACAAGCAGGAAGAAAAGAGAAACCAAAGAAGUUCAGCAGACAACCAAAAAAACAUGUAUCUUCCCCUAGUAUUCAUAAAAAAGAAAAAACACAAGAAAAGUCAUCGCGAGACUCAUCUCCAUUUACGGUGAGUGUGCAGAGGAGUAAAUGGGAUGCAUCUCGUUCCAUGAGGUUUAACCAAGAUGCUCAGAGAGAAGAAGACCAGAGAAGAAUGACUGAAAUUACAGGUCAUCUCAUUAAAAUAAGACUCGGAGAUCUUGAACGUGUGAAGUCCAAAGAGGGGAAAGAACAUGCAGGUGGGAUUUACUCCAGACUUGAAUCUCAAAUCAAAGGCUCUGUUCAGACCAAUAGCCGACAAAGUAACACAGAGAAGAACCCUAGGUAA